AUGGAUACAACAUUUGAUAAACUAGUGACUACUGAUGCUCAAUCAGGUCUCAUUGUCACUCGUGGUAUUCCUCUUUCUUCAUUCAUAUCCGAAAAUGUUAUGAAUACAUCUAAUGAAGAAUUUAUUCUUGAUCUUAGUCAACGAUCAACAACAACAACAACAACAGAAAUAAUAAAUAAAAAUCAUUCAAUUGAUAUAAUUGAUAAUUGGGAAAAUAAUUCAACAUGUAAUUAUACAGAUUCAAUUGAUGAUGAUUUAAAUCGAAUAUUAAUUAUUAAUAAU